GGGAGGGGGCGCGGUGUCCGGCUCCCCUCUGUGGCUCCCGCGGGCUCCGAUGGCCGGCGGACGGGCGGUGAGGGCGGUGCUGCGAGCACUGAGGUGGGGCGGCGGUGACCGGCCGUCGGCGCCUUUGCCGACUCGGCGACACUUCGGCACAGGUUUUGUGUGCGGGUCGGUCCUGGGCUCCGUCGGCUGGGCUCUGAUUGUGCACUGGACCCGCAGGCGGCAGGAGGAGGAGGAGGAGGGAGAGCACUUGGAGGACAACCUGCUGGAAAGGUUCGGCCUGCCUCUACUCGGCACAGGGGUUCGUUAUUAUACCAAUCAUGUCUCCUCGUAUGAUCAGGCCAAGAGGACUCCCAGAUGGGUUCUCGAGCACAUUACGAAAGAAAAAGUACAAGGAACAGCCACUCGGGAGCACUGCAGGUUUAAGCCAGACCCCAGUGUCCCACCAUGGUUCAGUGCCACUAACGAGGACUACUUCAACAGCGGCUGGAGCCGAGGACACAUGGCCCCAGCGGGAGAUAACAAGUACUCACUGAAAGCCAUGGCCGAAACCUUCUAUCUAUCCAACAUUGUGCCUCAGAAUUAUGAAAACAAUGCUGGCUUCUGGAACCGGUUGGAAAUGUACUGUCGAGAGCUGUGCCAGCGGUACGAAAACGUUUGGGUCAUUUCUGGCCCUCUGACUCUACCAACAUCAGGAGCCGAUGGAAAGAAAACUAUUACCUACGAGGUAAUAGGGUCGAAUGAGGUUGCUGUACCAACACACCUGUAUAAAGUGAUCCUCGCACAAAAGGACAGCGCAUCAACUGGACUGUUGUCACUGGGAGCCUUUGUGGUGCCCAACGAACCAAUUGGUUUCGAGCAUCGGCUGACUGAGUAUCAAGUGAAUCUGCAGACCUUGGAGAAGAUGGCCGGGCUCACUUUCUUUCCAGGCCUGGACAAGGCCAGACAGUGCCGCGACCUCUGCGAGGCGGACACCUGCCGGCUGCUCGACGCCACGGAGUUUGCUCUGUACAUUGCUGGGCGAAAAGUGAGAGGCGCCAGAACUUUGCAUAGGUUGGAGAAAGUCAUGGGCGAGCUCCGGGCAAGUGGGAUUGAGCCAGACAAGUACCUGCAGGAUCUGUACCAGCAGAGAAAGCAGGAGAUGGAAUUGAAGGAACCGAGAGAAAGCCAAGCAGCCAAGGGCGGAUAAGCCAUGUCAAAGUCCCUAGUAGAGCUCUGUAUUGACAGAAUUGUUUUAUACAGCCAUACAGCACAGAAAUAGGCCCUUCGGCCCACCACAUCCAUGCUGACCUGUUUGCCCAUCUACAUUCAUCCCAUUUUCCCCCAUUAAGUCUGUAAUCCUUCUACGUCUGUAUAUCUAAAUAUCUCUUAAAUGCAGUAAUUAUAUCUGAAUCCACCUCCCCAGCAGUGAGUUCCAGAUUUCAACCACUCUCUUUAAAAAAAAAGCCCAUAAACCUCCCCCUCAAAUCCUCUUUAAAAAACCCUUCUGUCACCUACCAUGGGGAAAAGAUUCUAUCUGCCCUAUCUAAUAUAAUUUUGCCUCUAUCAGGUCACCCCCUCUGCCUGCUUAAAACUCCCUUCUGUCACCUACCAUGGGAGAAGAUUCUAUCUGCCCUAUCUAUACCUUAUAUAAUUUUAUUUAUAGGUACGGAGCAAUAUGCCUUUUUGCAUGGGUUGAAGUUUUGACCUUUGUAAUUUAUUAAACCAUGCAUCGACGCUGUAUUUUCUUUUAAAAUCCCACACCAGGGGUCGACCUUUGCUCCAAGAUAUUUUUCAACGUCCCCUGGCGGUAUAUUUCUAGUUUUUCCGGUCCAAAUUGCCACUGUUCUUUAGAAUUAUAGAUGUACAUCUUCUGGGUACUGAUGCAGUGAAAGCCCUUUGUUUUCUUGAUGUUAACCCCAGGCCGGUGCCUUAACAAAAGUCACUCAAGAUCUCAAUAUUUCUGGCCAUGCCCUCGUAGGAUCCACUUAAAAUUGCAACGUCAUCUGCAAAAGCAAGUGCUGUGCAACGCGAUCAUCCGCUUGAUGUGUUAUGGACUCAGUGAAAGUCCCUUUAAGAUAGAGAGUGUGUGUGUAUGUGUGUGUGGGGCGUGCUUACGUCAAUAGAAAAUAAAGGACGUAAUGACGUUGUUGAAGAAGGCAGAAGAAGAAGGAGAGAGAGAGAAGGGAGAGAGACACCAGCCUGCUUGUUUUCUCUAUCGAUGGAUGAGAAACAAUAACUGUGUUUGCCACUGAAAUCCAUGUAUGGAAGUUGGAAGUAAUCCGAUGGAGUUCACUUUGUUGCUGACCUGUAGAAGGAAACAGGUAUUUGUAUGUGGACGACCACGGUUCGGAUGCUUUUCGGGGUGAGGAAGUCACUACCGAGUAAACACUGAAGUGUCGUUUGGGUUCCAUCGUGGAACAUUUGGAUUUCGUAUGUACUCUCUCUAUGUUUUUCUACAUCUACAUCUUAUCUUCAGACAACGGUGGUUGUUGAAGAAGCCCUUGCUCAUGUUUCACCUUAUGGCUUGCGGAACUGAACUUUAAGAACCAUUCCGGAACUGGGAGUUUUGGACUUUGUCACACACACACACGAAGAGUUUAGUUUUGGGGUUAACGUUCGAGGUUUAACAUUUUUGAAUUCUAACAUACUAACAUUUUUACUUUUAUUUUACGUAUUAUCAUAAGUAGUGAUUAAUAAAAUAGUUUUUAACACU